UGUCUUUAUGCCUUGAUGGUUUCUGAUGAGGUCAAAUCUAAACCUAAAACCACCAACCUCAUCAUUUCCUUCUUGAAUAUGGACUCCGAGAGCAGCAUCGUUCAUGACAGACUUUAUGAGUAUGAGAGACAACCAGGCAGAAGGUGGUUUGAUUCUUACACACAAAAGCCUGAAUGGAUUUCCUAUGGGCUGCUGGCCUUAUUGUAUGUCCUCAUUCUGGCCCUUUUUAUUAUGGUACAUUCAGGAGCCAAUGUACCCAGUAAAAAUGUAGUCACUUUAAAAGAAAUGAAUGACUUCAGGGGAAAAGUACAUAACCUUUCUGAAUUCAUGGAUGAUGUACAUACAUCAGUAAAACCAAAGACUUGUGAGGCCGGAUGGAGGAAGUUUGAUGACAGUUGCUACUUCCUUACUGUAUUUAAAUCUGAUUGGCCAAAAAUCAGGAGUUCCUGUCUCAAGAAAGGGGCGGACCUAGUUGUAGUCAACAGUGAUCGGGAGCAGAUUUUUCUUACGUCUUAUUCUGAUGCCUCCUCAUCCAAACGUUAUUGGAUUGGGCUCCAUGAUAUGGAUGAAGAGGGAACCUGGAUAUGGGUCGAUGGAACAAAUUAUGAAACAACGUCCAAGCAUUGGAAAAAAGGUGAACCAAAUGACAAUGAUCAAAAUGAAGACUGUGUCCACUUGUGGAGCUUCGGAGAAUGGAAUGAUGUUCCCUGUGAUUAUGACAAUGCUUAUGGGAUAUGUGAGAAAAACCUCUGAGCUCACCUUACAAAUCUAGAAAUAUGCUACCCAUGUCAUUUACCCCUGGAUGAUGUCUGUUUUAUAGUAAGCAUAACCAUACACAUUAAACUAAAGUUGAUGAAAACUGACGAUUCACCCGUAACAAACUUCUGUCAGGCAAAGAUUUUACAAAGAACAAUCAUUUCAGCUGGUCAAUAACACACUGUCAUCAUCUAGGAAUAAUUCCGCCAUGUUUGAAAUUUUUGGGGUGAUGGUCAGAAGAAAAGCCUUUCUUCUUACAAAAGUUCUUUAGUCCACAAAUAAUCUUCCACUCCAAUGGCCUUAAAUGUGCAUGGCCGUGUAGACAAAACGAAUGCUCACCAGACGGUCAUUCAUUUCAACCAUCAACCUACUUCUGUCUAAUGUGUUCCGCCCCGGUAAGGA